CUCAAGAAAACACAUACACACAGACACAGAGAACAGAAAACCAAACAGGUUUAACCGGAAAGAUGAAUCAAGAAGAGCAAGUACAGGUUUUGGGGUUAUGGGGAAGUCCUUUUAGCAAAAGAGUAGAGAUGGUCCUUCAACUUAAGGGCAUACCUUAUGAGUACAUUGAAGAAGAUGUUUAUGGUAAUAAAAGCCCUAUGCUUCUCAAGUACAACCCUAUCCAUAAGAAAGUCCCUGUCCUCGUCCACAAUGGCAGAUCGAUAGCUGAAUCUCUGGUGAUCGUCGAAUACAUCGAAGAUACGUGGAAGACAGGUCCCACGAUAUUGCCUCAAGAUCCUUAUGAGCGUGCCAUGGCCCGUUUUUGGGCUAAGUAUGUGGAUGAAAAGGUAAUGGUAGCAAUGGGGAAGGCUUUUUGGGGACCUGAGAGCGAAAGAGAAAAAGAAAGGAAAGAGGCUUAUGAGGGUUUGAUAAGUCUAGAAAAAGAGAUCGGAGACAAACGUUUUUUCGGAGGAGAGACAAUUGGAAUAGUCGAUAUAGCGGCUGACUUCAUAGGGUAUUGGCUAGGGAUCGUCCAAGAAGUUUCAGGAGUCACGAUCAUGACCGCAGAGGAGUUUCCAAACCUUAAACGUUGGUCGGAAGAUUUCGUAGGCAAUAAUAUCAUUAAGGAAGUCUUGCCGCCUAAGCAGAAGCUCGCCGCUCUUUUCAAGACCCCGUUUAGAAGUGCUGCUACAUCUGGUUAAUAAGAGAGCCUCUUUCUUAGUAUAUUUGUUUUCUAUAAUUAAUGAUUAUCUUCUUAAUAAUGAAAACAUACUUACGCCUGAGUUCGAGUUAUUCACUCCAUAACUAAGUCCGUUUUACUUGGGCUACUUUAAAUAAUGGGCUUCAGUCCAUGUAAUUGAUUUGUUGUAGUAGGCUUGCUAAUUUAAGAGUGUUACAUUUAAA